GCUGUAGAUUUUAACGGGGUUGACUGAAAAGGUUCAAGUACACGUUAACAAGCACAGUUUGAUGACUUUUGGUGUGAUUGACAGCCACAAUGCCCGCAUGACUCCAUCGUAGUACAGGCCAAUGGAAAGGCGUGGGAGGGACAUUUAACCACAUAGCUUGUGAAGACGUCAACAAUGAGUAUCAACAAAGGAUGAAAUUAGCCAGCCUUAGGCAGGAAAAUGCGUGACUGUUCUGAUAGGGAGGCGGAUAUGCCAGGCAGACGGCAGGUAAUGACGCGACCAAAUCACAGCGAGCACGUCCUGCAGCAGCUCAAUAACCAGAGGGAGUGGGGCUUCCUCUGCGACUGCUCCGUUGCAGUGGGGGACGUGGACUUUCGGGCCCACAAGGCCGUCCUGGCAGCCUGCAGCUCCUACUUCCGGAUGAUGUUCAUCAAGGACCAGCGGGCACGCCUGGACCUCAGCAACAUGCCGGUCAGCGCCGAGUGCUUCGACCUGAUCCUGCAGCUGAUGUACCUGGGUCGGACCCUGACUGAGCCUGGCGACUUCGAGGAGCUGAAGGUGGCCAUGGCUUACCUGCAGAUGUACUACAUCCCCGACUCCCCGGAGGACCUUAAGGGGAGCCAGAGCGCUAAUGCUAACCUCCCUCCGCCCCCCUCCUCCUCCUCUUCCACCUCCUGCUCGUCUUCCUCCAGCUCUUCCCCGUCCUUGGGCCCGGCGGAAGCCAAGAUGAUGUUCGGUGUGCGCCUGUACGAGCAGCCGAGGCGGGGCAGCGCGGAGGGCGAGCGCCUGGUCCAACGCACGUUGGCCCCCACGCCCGUCCUGCUGGGCCCCGCGCCCGUCUCGCAGGGCGUCGCCAGGCCGCCCGCGGAGGAGGCCAUGGCCACACCCCUCGCGCCGAGGCCCGCGCCUGCGCCCGUGCCCGUGCCUGUGCCCGCACCGGCGGACGGGGCGACGGAUCGACCCUGCGACCUGCGGAAGAGGCCCCCUGGGCGCCGGGCGCCCGCCAGGGAGCGGCCCCGCUUCGGGCGCACCUUCACCUGCGACGACUGCGGCUUCGUCUUCAGCUGCGAGAAGCUGCUGGUGGAGCACGGCCUCACCUGCACCAACCGCAAGGCCUUCCAGAGCCCGGAGGCCCGAGCCCGGGCCCACGGCGCCCCCGCCUGGGCGGAGGGCUCGGCCUUCGAGGGCCCGGAGGGGGACGACUGGCGCGAGCGCGGCCCCGACCCCCUCGCGGAGACGCCCAUAAGGUCGGUGGGGACGGGCACCGACAGCGGGCCCGCCAGGAACGGCGGAGUCGCCGUUAAGGUGGAGCUGGAGGAGAUCUCCACCAUGGACGGCGUCACGGCGGUCCGGGUGGGAGAGGUCGGGGAGGACGGCGGCCCGUCGAGCCCGCGGUACAUGGACGAGAAGCACCGGUGCCCGUUCGGCCGAGGGGACGAGGAGCCGGGCGCGGAGGACGGCGGCCCUUUCGAGGGCCCGGCGCCGGUUAAGAGGGAGGAGCCGGGCUCGGAGUGCGAGCCCUGCGAGCUCUGCGGCGCGCCCCUGGAGGAGGAGGACCGCUCGGCCCACUACAUCUCCAGCCACCUGCCCCACAUCUGCGCCUGCGGCCGCUGCGGCCGGGUCUUCGUCCGGGGCCGCCAGCUGCAGGAGCACGCUGAGCGCUGCGGGGAGACGGGGGACGCCGCCGUCGCUGCCGCCGCGGGGUCGCCGGCGGAGGCCGACGGGCGGGGCUGGCCGUGGGGCUCGCGGGAGGAGGUGGAGGAGGAGGAGGAGGAGGAGGAGGGCCUGCCGGACCGCGGCGGAGCCAGCAGCGUCCGCUGCCCGCACUGCGGCCUGCCGCAGGAGAGCGAGGAGGCGGCGGUCGAACACGCCGCCCGCUGCCCGGAGCAGGGGGCGGCGGCGGCGAGGCGGGCCGCCCGGGCCUUCCGGCACAGGCCCGGCGCCGGCUCUCACAGGAAGGGGCUGUACCAGCGCGGCGGCCCGCCGGAACCCCGCUACAGCCGGCGGCUCCUGCGGGACAGGCAGCUGCGUCCGCGCGGGCGAGACGCGUCCCGCUACUGCUCGCCCGCCGCCUCCGCCCCGGGGACGCCUCCUUCCGGCGUGACCACCUGCGCCACGUGACCUCCCCACCUGCCCGCCCGCCCUCCCUCCACCCGGCAGCACCGCCUACCUGCUGUGAUGUCACAGCCUCCCCCCAGCACUGUGACCAAUCCCACCAAUCCCACAGACAAGCACCUGUAAGCCUAUGAUCCACAUUAGACACGGAGACUUGCUCCAAUUCCUGACUAAAUCAUUCCUUAGUGUUUGUGCACCCACACGUGUUAGUUUCACAUUUUCCGGAAGCCAUUAAAAUGUGUAAAUGGUUGUAUUCACAGUAAACACCAAAAAUUGCUUGUACAAAGUACAAUUAUGAAUUGUAUGUAUAAUCAAGUAAAAUGUGUUACUUUCUUUUGGGACACUAGCGGCCUGAACAUUCUGUACACAUUAUAAUGUAACCGCAGUUAUUUGUAUACAUUCCUGAUGGCGCAGGGCAAGUCUUGUACUGUUACACAGGAGGCAAGAAGCCAACUGGGGUUGUCUACUGCUAAAAGACUAGCAGUUACUCGUGAUGGCAAUUACUGUUGUGUUCAUGAGUCCUCAUAUUUUUGUUUUAGAGAUGUUUCAUUGUCAGAACGUGACAGGAUUUGGUCUAUUAAUACACUUUUUCUUUCCCAGUCACACAGUUACCUGGAUGGAUAUGGAUCUUCACCUUUUCCUAGCAUCAGAAAAUGUACAUCGUGGCUUGUGGAACACAGAAAAGAACAGAUGCCGUAGUGUCAGGCACUAUUCUGUAGCACACAGAAUCUUUUGCGUGAGACGUUGUUUUUCUGUUAGCGUACAUGUGUUUGGCAGACGAGUCAGUUCCAGUGGGUUUAUAAGAGCGACAACUACAGAGGGCAGUUGACAGUAACAGUGCAAACAAGCAGUUCUAGAAUAAAGUGUACUUUCAGCAUAAUUGAAUAUACUGACAACAGACCCUGUAUUAAGUGCUAAAAUGCCUAAGGGAAUUGGAUUGAGGGAGGCAAGAUACAGUCUGAAAUAUGGUGUCUACAAAUCUGCUAUCCAGAUGGCUGUUGUCCUGGCCAAAAUGUUAAUGGGGUUAGUUUUCCCUUUGAAUUUAUUCCCACACACAAUCCAAGUUCUCUUUUUCUGGCAGAAGAAAUGGUUUUCAUUUGAUUCCACAUCACAAUGGGAUCACGCUUGAUUCUUCAUUUUAGCGAGGACGAUGUCCGUGUGCUCUGAUCUGAUUACACCUGGCAAAUGAUAAGCUGUAAAUUUAGCCCGGUUAGAGAUGUGUACAUUCUCCUAUCUGGAAAUCGGUUAAAGUCAACGCUGCACCCCCCGACCUAACGAAGAACACUACUAUUUAUGUGAAUUUGGCUAGCAAUGCACCAAAACGAAGCACAGCCAAAAUAAUUCUGUUUUCAACAGAAUGUCUUUCAGCUACCCAUUGAAAUAGUAUGCGUCAAGAUAUGCACAUUGUUGUCCUUUGCUCAGCUUUGUUCAGUCUUGUACUGUCUGCAAUACCGAUUUUGAGCGAGUUCGGCCUUCGAUUCAGCUCGAACCAAAGAGCCAAGAAAUGGUGACAUCACUCACGAAGAGCAAUGUUUCGCCACUAGAGGCAAUAGAGAGCAAAAUGUGUAGCAGACCACUUACAGCCCUACAAUGCCUCUUUGCUUGUUUUGUUGUUUCAGCCCCUCUGCAAAGUGCCAGGUCGAGCGCUCUGCCGCAGAUGUGUUCUAGGGACAGCGUGUUUGUUUACAUUAAGACCAUGCAAUGUUGGCCCCAUAUGUCAAAGAAUAUAAAGAUUGACUGCAACUGGAACCAAACUAGUGAAUGCUAAGUUUUUCUGUUAAAUCUUUCAUUGUGUUUUUUUUGUUCUCUCCCAUUCCUCCUACAUUUUGUGAUUGUUUUUACCAAUGUUAUAACUGGUGAUGUGAUUAUGCUUUUUUGUUAUUGUAGUUGCAGUUAUUGGAUCCAUGCUCUUCUUAAUAUUUUUUUUUUAGUGAUGUAGGUGUAUAAAAUAAUUUUUCCACCUAUAAGGUCGACAGUUUUUGAAUAGUGGAGUUUUGUUUUCUUUUUAUCAUAUGGAAUAAAUAUUCUAGUAUGAAAAAUGAAA